GUGAAUCUUCCGAAAAUGUGUUUUGGUCACAAUCUGGUACUUAAAUAGGAAAACAUGAAAUUAUAUAUUGCAUAAACAAAUUUAUAGGACAAAUAAGAUUUUGGCUUUGUGGGAUUAUUUUCAUGACAAUUAUGGGGUUUCUCAGCCGUGCAGCUGUCAGGUUAACAACUGGAUUGAAAUACAGCGCCCAAACAUUCAUUAAGCCAGGAUAUCAACAGGCUAAUGUGGUGAUCUUACAUAAAAGUCUUGCUGAUGACUUUGAGGCUUUUUGUCGAGCUAACAGCAGCCCUCUACCACUGCUGUACAGAAGCAAAUGUGGAGAAUGGAGCUGCCCACCAUUGGCCACAGGAUCUGACAUCAGAGACGACUGUCCUGAGUACUGUGUGUUUGAGAAUGGUGUGCUUGUGAAGAAGGUUGCUAGUUUAUCUUCAUACACCCCUCAACUUCAGGACAUGGUCACAUUUUACCUCGGCUGCAGUUUUGGCUUUGAGAAAGCCCUGAGGGGCGCUGGGGUUCCAGUAAGAAAUGUGGAACAGGGUAAAAAUGUCAGCAUGUACAAGACCUCAGUACUCUGUAUGAAAGCAGGUCAGUUUCAGUGUCCGAUGGUGGUGAGUAUGCGACCUGUACCUCAACACAAGCUGGAAGCUGCAACUCUGUGCACGCACAUGAUCCCGUUGGCUCAUGGAGGCCCUGUGCAUAUUGGGGACCCUAAGCUGCUGGGCAUCCAAGACCCGUCUCACCCUGAUUAUGGGGACCCAGUGGACAUGUGUCCUGGUGAUGUACCCGUGUUCUGGGCCUGUGGGGUCACUGGUGUUGAGGCUGUUCAGAGCUGUAAGGCGGCUCUAGCGUUCACUCAUUCUCCCGGGUGCAUGUUUCUCACUGAUCAAAAAUCAGAAACGAUUUCUUCCAUCACUCUUGAGCCAGCACAGUGUCCUUUGGUAUUCUGCAUAUCCCAGAAUCCUCAGCAUUACAGCAUGGCUAGCGAGAGGGCAGUUCAACAGAUUCGAGCCAUUGAGGAGCUUGUUGUUGAAGACCCAGGUGCCAGAGGGAUCCGGGCGCUGUUCAUGCAGGAUGAGCUUCUAAAGGCCUGUCUCUCACUGUCACACUCUUCCUCUGUACUCAUCACUACUGGAUUCCCCACACACUACAUGCACGACCCACCUGAAGAGACGGAUGGCCCUCCAGGAGCCAUCGCCAUGGCAGCAAUGCUCCAAGCUCUCGGAAAAGAGGUGGUCAUUGUGACGGAUGACAGAGCUUUGGAGAUGAAUCAGCACAUCAUGAGGGAUGCUUUGGAGAAAGGUGUAAUAAAGACUGCAGUGCCAGUAAUAAGCUUCCAGAGCAAAGGCCCCGAGUCAGCACUUCACUUUCUAUGUCGUGAUGGAAACCCCUCAAAGCCCAGGUUUGACCACUUGGUGGCAAUAGAACGCAGUGGCCGGGCUGCAGAUGGGAACUAUUACAACAUGCGAGGGAUCAACAUCAAGCAUUUAGUUGACCCAAUAGAUGAUCUUUUCACCACUGCAAGCACUAUUGCAGGCAUCACUACUACAGGGAUCGGAGAUGGCGGUAAUGAGCUUGGUAUGGGGAAAGUUAAAGAAGCAGUUAAAGCACUCAUGCCUAAUGGCAGUCAGAUUGCAUGCGACGUGGCCGCUGACUUUGCCAUCACUGCUGGAGUGUCCAACUGGGGCGGAUAUGGUGUGGCGUGUGCUUUGUAUGUUCUGAAUCUCUGUUCAAUACACCGCCGUUACAUUCAAAGGGGCCUUGGUCUGCAUCCCACACCUGAGCAACAGAGCCGGUGGACUGCCUGCUUACCCACCAUAGCCAAGGAAGAAGAAAUGCUCCACAUUUUGGUGAAAUACGGCGUUCGCAGUGGUAAGACGGCAAACCUGGGACUGGAGGUGGAUGGAUUGACUUUUCACCCGUACCAUUCGGACAUCAUACAGCGGCUUAGAGAUCUCACCCUGCAGGCAGCAUGAUGUAUUGUCUUGUGUGCGGGUUUAACAGAUGAACAAGAUACAGAUCUUUGACCAGUCAAAGCUUGACUCGUGUAAAUAUGUGUGAGUAAUCUCACUCUUCUCCACGAAAAAAAACCCCAAAGUGUAACUGACAAGCUGCGUUGGUAACCUUUUGCUCUUUUAUCUGUGUUUCAUUGUAUGUGGUACCACCCUAUUCAGUAUAGAUCGUGUGAAGUCAGUUUGUCAAUGCAGGAAACCAAUGAGGUAUUAGUAUAUAGUUCACACUAUUUGCACACCUAAGCCAAACAUAAAAUGUAUUAAGUCUCUCACUUAUAACAAAAUAUUAAACCAACUGGUAUCUGCAAACAAAUGAUGAUAUACUAAGCGGAUGUAUGAAGUCCUCUUAAUUUCUAAGAGUAGUUUAUCUUAUUAAAUGUGGACAUGUUUUAAUGAUGUUGGGCCAACCAGAUAUUGUUUUAAUAGUUUGUUUUAUUUUAUUGUUCAAAUAUGCAACUAUGUGCACUUGCAACAUAUGGUAUUUUAUAUGUAAUGAUUGUAAUACCUUGUGGCUUAAGUACAUGAAGAAUACUGUACAUAUUGGGGUGGUUUCCUGGACAGGGCUUAUCCUAGUCCCAGACUAAAAUGUAUGUUUCAUCUGCCUUAAUUUAAAAACAUAUUGCACUGACAUAUCUUAACAUACAUCAGUGUCAUUGUUUUGCCUCAAGAUGCACACCAGUAUUGUUUUUUGUAAGCUAUGUUCGUAAAAAUUACUUAAAUUGUCCAAAUAUAACUACGGCCUAGUAUUGGAUUAACCUAAACCCUUCCUGGGAAACUGCCCCAUAGUGUUCAAAUUGGUUUGAAGUCUUUGUUUUAGUCCUUGUAAUCUACUUUCUACAACUAAACUACAGUUAGUACUGCUAAAUCAUAGGUUAUUUUUGAAAAAUUUGAGACUGUUUUGAUAGGCAAUGAAUGUAACCGAUUUGCAGGUCAUACUAAUACUUGUACUUGUAUUUCGUAAUACUACCAUAUGUCUUAUAGAUUUAAUAAUUGUUCUGUGUAUUUGCCUGUACUAAUCUCUAACAAAGCACCUUCACAGUAAAUACAAUGCAGGAUUGUGAAAAGCACUAUAGAAAUAAAUUUAAAUUUUGAAAAAAU